AUGCUGGUUGCAGAUGUAGACAGAGAUGCGACGUUCCAGCUCAAGCUCACGAGCAAGCUGGACCAAUGGCACGCGUUUCACGAGAAAGCGACAAGAGGGCUUCCUGUUUCCGCGGAAGGCGCUGAGGCUUCAAGCAGCCAACCCGCCAACGUCCACCCUCUGGAGGUUGACGAAUCAGCUGAUGCCACGUGUCCAUCCGACCGUGCAGCGUCUGGCCAUGAGACCGAAGAGCGGGCAGCAGAAUCUGAAGCUCGGGCAGCAGAGGUUGUAGCGCGGGCAGCAGAGGGUGAUGCUCGGUCGUCAGCGGGUGUAGCUGGGGCAGGAGCAGCAGCACUUGAAACGCGAGAGGCGAAAGCAGCAGAAUUUGUGAAAGCAGCAGUCACACCAAAGCAGCUGGACGCAGCAGCAGAUGCUCGAGGGGCUGCUUUGGAGGCAGCACUGCAGAUGCAACGAGAGGAGGUAGAGGCUAAGGCAGCUGUGAUACAGGAGCUGCAGGUGAGAUUACACGCAGCAGAAACCAGAGAGGCGGGUUUGGAAGCUUCUCUGAAGCUGCAACGGGAGGAGCUUGAGGCGAAAGCAGCAGAGGCGUUGGAGGCACGAGCAGCAGAAGCAGCAGCGCUGCAGCAGCAGUUAGACGAAGCAAUCUCCCAUGAAGCAGCCUUUGACGCGUCCCUGAAGCUGCAGCGAGAGGAGUUAGAAGCAAAGGCAGCAGAGGUGCAGGGCCUGCAGGAGCUAUUACAAGCAGCAGCAACCAGUGAAGCAGCUUUUGAUGCUUCUUUGAAGCUGCAGAGGGAGGAGCUAGAGGCAAAGGCAGCAGAGGCGUUGGCGGCACAGGCUGGGAUGGAGGAGAGGAGGCGGGUGCGGGCUGCAGAGGCGGCUGCUGCUCGGUUGGCAGAGGUGGAGGCGCGGUUGGGAGAGGUGGAGAGGGAGAGAGAGCGGUUGGCGAGGAACCUGGGCCGGCUGCAGCAACACCUGCUGGAUCGGGAUGCUGACGAGACACUGCGCAUUGAACGAGAGGCCGAGAGGAUCCGCCAGCUGGAGUGCCAGCUGGCAGAUAAGGCGAAGGCUCUCGGCCAAUCAGAGUGCGAGAGGGUCGUUUUGGAGCGGCAGCUGGCGGAUAAGGCGAGCCAGCUCGGCCAAUCGGAGCAGCGGAGAGUGCGGCUGGAGCAGCAGCUGGAGGAGAUGAGCAGGGAGGUUCGGGAGGCUCGGAUGCAGUUGGCUCAGCGGCAGGCUCGGACCGAGCCUGCUGGACAGGGGAGGCAGACAGAUAUUCGUGAUGGGGACUUUUUGGAAGUAAAAGGGGCGGGUGGGGAGUUACGAGUUAAAGAAGUGGAGGAGCAGGAGCAACAGGGCAUGAGCCAGACAGAGGUGUUACCAGCCAUGGCACCAGGCUUGGCAACAGACUUGGGAACAGGCUUGGCAGCAGGCGGAUUACCAGGCGUGUUACCAGAUGUGUUACGGCAGGUGUUGGAAGCGGCUCAUCGGCCAAUCGUGACAGGCCAUCCCAUGUGCAUGCAUGCUCGGAUGUUGGUGAGCGGACAACGCAUGGAGGAUGGAGAUGCAUCACAUGCCGCUGACGUGGCAUCCCAUCAUGCAUCGCAUGCUGACGUGGCAUCCCAUCAUGCAUCGCAUGCUGACGUGGCAUCCGAUUAUGCAUCAGGGGCAGGGACAGGGACAGGUGCAGCAGCAUCAAUUGAAGAUGCUCGUGCUGCUGAUGGUUCAGAAUCUGCAGCAGCAUCGUGUGUAGAUGCAUGGGCUGCAGAUGCUUCACACGCUGCAGCAACACCAGCUUAUGAGCAGGCGCGUAAAAGCUCGGCGCAGGUGUUGGCUCGAGAGGCGAUGUGCGUAGCAGCACAGUCAUCAGAGGAGGCAGAGGGUGCGAUUGGAGCAGGAGACUGGGAGAACAGCAGCGCGAGACAGCAGGGAGGCCUGGACCUGGUGGGGCUGAAGCAGGGAGGCCUGGACCUGGUGGGGCUGAAGCAGGGAGGCAGCGAGGCGGAGGCGUUGUGCUGGCAGAGGCAGGCUCAGCUGGAGGAGGCGUUAUCUGAGGUGGCAGCGGGGAGGAGGGAGAGGGGGGCUCUAGAGGAGGAGUUGCUUCGGCUGCAGUGUGCUCUGGAUCAGUGCAUGCUGCGACUCAAUAGCGAUUCUGCUUAUAUGGUGGACAGGAGAAUCGUGGUGAAGCUUCUUGUGGCAUAUUUCCAACGCAACCGCAGCAGAGAGGUGCUUGACAUAAUGUGUCGCAUUCUCGAGUGCUCCAAGGACGAGAGGCAGCAGCUAGAAGCAGCAGCUUCGCACCCUGCUCUCACCAGAAGCGCCAGUUUCAAAUCCAAGGGGAGUGCGCGGCAGGGCAGCAGCAAGGGCAGCAAGGGAGGAGUUUUCGGGCUGCCCGGACGGAUCGCGGGCGGGUUUAUGGGGUCGAAUAGAAGCAGUUCGGAAAGUUUGGGAGGGGCUGGGAAAGAUUCCCAGAAGCAGGAAGAGGCGGAAAAAAAGCCAGAGGCGAAAAAAUCAGGG